UUUGAAUCACUCAGUCUCUCUUCCUCUGUGUCUCAUCGCCAGGCAUUCCCCGCAAGAGAAAUGUAGGAAGAAAACACGAGAUUGAAACCACAAGAAUCCACUAACCUCAGAGAUUUCUUGUCAUUGUGUAGUAGGCAUAUAUAAUAAAAGAAUUGCGCUAUCUUGCGUAAGUUGGAACAAGACCUGUGAAGAAGUGCAUAACACAUGCCAUCAUGACAGUUGUAAACUGCAUAGAAUUGUGGUUUAUUUUAGUGCUCUGUGUAAGAAUUGUGACUGGAGGUGUCUUAGACGUAAUAUUCGAGUGGAAGGAGUUGGACUUUGCCUACCCUAAUUCCAGGCUUCGUCAAGAAGCUGUUGAAAGUCAGUCUUUUAUUCCAAGCAAUAAUGUACCUGUCGGUUUGGAAGUCUGGAAGAACAAACUGUUUAUAACAGUGCCACGAUGGAAACGCGGUGUUCCAGCGUCCCUGGCUUACGUCUACUUGAACCAAACAGGUAGAAGUUCGCCAGAGCUGAUACCAUACCCGAAUUGGGAAGCGCACGACCUGGACUCGGUCAUCACACCUCGUUUUCAGCAUGCCAACAGAAACAAGACUUGCAUAGUUUCCCCUUUCCGUAUCCGAGCAGAUUCAUGCGACAGGUUGUGGGUACUCGAUACAGGAAAGACCGACAUUCUAGACAGCCAGGAGCAAGUCGGGCCCAACCAGCUCCUUGUUUACAACCUCACAAACGAUAAACUGAUUCGACGUUAUGAAAUCCCCAAAACCUUCACAAGGAACGAAUCCGUCUUUGCGAACAUCGCUGUUGACGUGAAGAGUGGCAGUUGUGAAGAUACUUUCGCAUAUAUGGCUGAUCUCGGGGCUUCCAGUAUGGUUGUGUACAGCUGGGGGACAAAUGCGUCAUGGCGAAUCACACAUAGAUACUUCCAUAAUGACCCCAAGGCUGGUACGUACCAAGUGGCUGGAGUAAACUUCGAGUGGACUGAUGGUCUCUUUGGACUAGCGCUUUCAGCUGAGAACAGCAGUGAUAAAUAUAGGACUCUAUUCUUUCACCCAUUCUCGAGUUUCAGUGAAUUUGCUGUCUCCACCAGAUUGCUUCAGAAUGAGUCGCUGUGGACAGACCCUAAACGGUCUAAUAUGAGCAACCAUGAAUUCAAAUGGCUCGGCGAGCGAGAAAGUAACACCCAGUCCAGUGCCUCGUUCUUAGAUGAGCGGACUGGGAUUCUUUUGUACACUCAGGUGACCCGGAACUCCGUGGGCUGCUGGAAUUCCGCGCUUGAGUACACACCCGUGACUCAAGGGCAGGUUGCCGUCAACAACAUUACUAUGGUUUUCCCAAAUGAUAUCAAGGUGGACAUUAACAGGAACUUGUGGCUUCUCACUGACCGCAUGCCACUCUUCAUGUACAAGAGCCUCAACCAUUCUGACGUCAACUUCCGGAUUCUGUCUGCUCCCGUAGAUAGAGCUGUGGCCGGCACGGUCUGCGCUAGGAGCUCCGGAGUUUUACCCACUCCGCUAGGGUUUAUACUCAUAUCAGUGAUAAGCAGCCUGUCAAAAAUGCAAUGAAAUGUGUUAGCCAAGACAGAUAUAUGAAAAUGUGAAGAAUAAAUUGUGUAACGAACAUUGUA